GUUAUCAGGAAUUUGUUAGUGCAAAAUUGAAUCUAAGAAAUUAUUCAAGUUCCAUCGUUCGGAGAGUUAAUACGUCAGCGAAUUUUAAAUUUCGACUGUGCUGAAUUGAAUUUUGAUAAAAUCAUUCGCUUUUUGUGUACGUGCGGCGUACUUUCGUUAGCAAUGAAACUGUUUGUGUUUUCCAUAAUUUUCAUAUGUGCUUUGUCGAGAGAUAAUUUUGUUUCCGCGAAUUUAUUCAAAGAUGUAGCAAAAUCGUCAGUGGACAUUGUCAGUGGUGUGGCGAAAAAAAUACCAGAUGCUAUUCCCAGUCCGGAUGCAAUUUUUUCGGCUAGUAAAAAUUUGCUAGCUGGUUAUCCGUUCGAGGUGGCAUUCAAAGCAAUAAAUUUAUUUUGCUCAGCUGCACUAUCCGAAAAUCAAGUGAAACCAAGAGAUAAAUAUCUACCCGAGCUGAGCAAAAUGAAUUAUAUAUUUCCGUCCAACAAAACACUGAUUCCACUACAAAGUCCUCAUGAAUUGUGGAAUCAUACAUUAUUUGAUCCGUCGUUAAAAACAGAGAUAUUGGUUACUGGAUGGACAUCAAACAUAAAUGAAACAAAUAACGCCCUGGAAACGAUAUGGCAGGCAUAUAAGUGUAGAGGAAAUGUUAAUUUUAUCGCGGUUGACACAGCAGAAUUCGUUGAUACAUUAUACUCUUGGUCUGCCUUCAAUACUGAAGAAAUUGGAAAUCUAAUUGCUGUCGCCCUGAAGGACUUAUUUACGCAGUAUCCAAACUAUCCAAUCGAAAACGUCCAUUUAAUUGGUCAUUCUCUUGGCGCUCACAUCGUUGGUAGUGCUGGCCGUAAUUUCUACUAUAAGACUUCUAAGCUAAUAACGCGGAUAACUGGCUUAGAUCCGGCCAACCCUUGUUUCAAUGACGGAGAAAAAUUGUCCGGCCUUUCCAGAGGAGAUGCAGAAUUUGUCGAUAUAAUUCACACGAAUAACGGCGCACUGGGCAAACGAGAUCCGAUUGGCGAUUGUGAUUUCUAUCCGAAUGGGGUCGUUCCAUUGCCGCCUGGUUGCUUCACAAUUACUUGCGCGCAUGGAAGGGCCUGGGAAAUUUAUGCUGAAUCAAUAUACCCAGGAAACGAAAAUGCUUUCGAGGCCGUGAAAUGCGGAUCAAUAUCGGCACUGAAUGGAGGCUUCUGUCCUGGUCCGAAAUAUCCUAUGGGAUAUGCCAUUCCUCACAAUCUUAAGGGAAAUUUCUUUGCGAAUACUAACAGCGCGACGCCGUUCGGUCAGGGAAAGAGUGUUUCUAGCCCAAAAUGUGCAACGGAUGCCUAAUUGCGCGUUGAAAACUAUUGCAUUGUAAUAAAACUGAUAAUAAGAGCAAUCAAUUAA